ACUCCUACAGUUUGGACUGGCAAGCCUGAGAUCCCGAUCGCCAUGGAGCUUCCGUUGACCUCGGCCCUGCUCCUGCUCCUGCCUCUGCUCUGCUUCCUCUGGCUACGCCGGGAGACCAGGAGGCAGACUCGCCCCGACGGCCUCAAGGCCUACCCCAUCAUCGGCACGCUCCCCCACUUCGUCAAGAACCAGCACCGCCUCAUCGAGUGGUCGGCCGGCGUCCUCGCGCGCUGCCCCACCCACACCAUGACCUUCAACUUCCGGGGCCUCGGCCUCGGGGCCGGCGUCAUGACGGCCAACCCGGCCAACGUCGAGCACGUCGCCAAGACCAACUUCCAGAACUACCCCAAGGGCGAGUUCGUGGUGUCCGUCAUCGAGGACCUGCUCGGCCGCGGCAUCUUCAACUCCGACGGCGACCAGUGGCUCCGGCAGCGCAAGGCCGCCAGCUACGAGUUCAACACGCGGUCGCUGAGGAGCUUCGUGGUCAGCGCCGUCAGCUCCGAGGUCGUCGACCGGCUGCUGCCGCUGCUGGAGCGCGCGGGGCGCGACGGGCGGACGCUGGACGUGCAGGACGUGCUGGAGCGCUUCGCGUUCGACACCAUCUGCUGCGUCGUCUUCGACGAGGACCCGGCGUGCCUCCCCGAGGAGGAGGAGGAGGAGGACGGACCGGGGGCGGACGGGGACGGGCGUGCCGAGUUCAUGCGCGCCCUGACCGACGCGCAGAACAUCGUCAUGGCCCGGUUCAUGUCGCCGGUCAAGUGGGCGUGGCGGCUCCAGAGGCUGCUCAACGUGGGGCCGGAGAGGCGGAUGCGCGACGCGGUCGCCACCAUCCACGGCUACAUCGACAGGGCCGUCCGCGAGCGCGGCGAGAGGGGGGCGGCCCGCAAGGACGACUUCCUUUCGCGCUUCGCGUCGAGCGGCGAGCACAGCGACGAGGGCCUCCGCGACGCGGUCACCAACUUCAUCGUCGCCGGGCGGGACACGACGUCGUCGGCGCUCAGCUGGUUCUUCUGGCUGCUGUCCGGGCGGCCCGACGUGGAGGGCAAGAUCGUGCGCGAGAUCCGCGCGGCGCGCGCGUCGAGUGGGAAUGGGGAUGCGGCGUUGGGCUACGAGGAGCUGCGCUCGAUGCAGUACCUGCACGCGGCGAUCACGGAGUCGAUGCGGCUGUACCCGCCGGUGGCCAUGGACACGCACUGCUGCCGGCGCGAGGAUGUCCUGCCGGACGGCACGCUCGUCGGCAAAGGGUGGCAGGUCACCUACAGCGCGUACGCCAUGGCGCGGCUGGAGGAGCUGUGGGGCGCGGACUGCGCGGAGUUCCAGCCGGAGCGGUGGCUGGACGAGGAGGGGGCGUUCCGGCCGGAGAGCACGGCCAAGUACCCGGUGUUCCACGCGGGGCCGAGGAUGUGCCUCGGCAAGGAGAUGGCCUACAUACAGAUGAAGUCCAUCGUUGCCGGCGUGGUGGAGAGGUUCAGCCUCCGGCACGUCGGCGGCGAGGGGCACCCCCGGCUCGUCAUGUCGCUGACGCUGCGCAUGGGAGGCGGCCUGCCCAUGCAGGUGAAGAAGAGAGCAGAGGGAGCUAGCUAGGCUAGGCUAGGCUAGUCGCAGGAGUCCAUUCCGUCAGAGGUCAACAAUGCUCUGUACGAGUUCUCCAUUAUUUCGGGUGUAAAUCUUCCGUUAUUGCACACCUUGUUGAUGGCAUGGUACGCUUCUACACGUCGGGACACCACUUGCCGGAAAAGUAGAAGAAUGGCAUAGCGAGCUUGAUACGUUACGCCGACCCGGAGGGGCAGACACUUCUCAUCAGUCAUCUCUCUUUCUUCAACCGUCUUCAGUAGGGCCUCGCUGAACUAAAGCCACGACUCUCUUUUUGGAUCGGAGGGAGUAGUAAUUUUGUUGUUGUUGUUCUCGUCGUCGUUGAGAAAAAUCAAUCUUAGUAGCAGAGAAAUAAGCUAGCUAGCCACUGGGAGAAGAUGCCGGAUGAUCUAUGCAGGAAAUGCCACGCUGCACGUGAAAUCGACGUGGGUUCAGAAGGGUACUCAGCAGCAGAACAAGGAGGGAAAAAAAACUUAACACCAGAUUGCUCAGAGCCUCAGACCUUCAUCGUUAUUGCAUGACUGCUGGUUGCAGUGCACCGUACGUACAUCCAAACUAGCUGACUUGUCACGACUCAUGAGUUUCUCGUGUGGAUGCUGGAGACAGAAGAAAAAAAAAAAGAAUGAUACUCGUUGGGUCAGUUAUGGCCCUGAACAAACUAUAAUCUUCCUCUCAACUUGGGCCGGAGGCAUUUCACGUACCGAACGUAGUAUGUGGCGUAGUUUCGUUAUGCGAGUAUGAAAAAACCAUUUCAUUCAGUUACACAGUAUAAAAUUAUCCAUGCAUCAAACAUAACUUUUUAGACGCCACUCCUUGAGCGAAUCAGUUGCGAGCAUCACAAUUUUGCAGUGUUUGUCUAUGGUUCAGUUGCAGUUGAUCGAAUCAGGUAGCCGAUCAACCGACUGAGGCAGUUUAUUUUUUUUAAUAUAUUUUUGGAAAUGUAAGCAGCAUUAAACUAUUCAAGUGCAACGGAAUAUAA